AUGGCCGUCCCUAUCGCUAUCCAGAGCUUGCUACCACAAGUAUGUUUGAUCCUUAGCGAAAAGAUAGAAAGAGCAUAAAAGAGAGAGAGAGAGAUGGUACUAACGCUUGCAAUGGCAGAAAUUCUUUGGCCUUGUCCCGCUCUUUAUAGGAGUAGAGAUCAUACUUGGGAUAACCAUUCUCAACAAAGCCAGCGGUCUCUACGGAAUAUUGUCGUUGUUCACCGGGCACCCCAUCAACUUUUUGCAAUGGCUCUAUAACUCGCUAGCCUUGUUGAUGUUGCCGGUGUAUGCCAGCGCCGCCAUAAGCUUGGAGAACAAGGUGGAGCUUGUUCGCAAAAUUUCCUUUGCCACGCUCGUGUUUUGCAUAGACACUCUUAUCGGCUUGUUUUACACGGUGUAUUUCAUGUACUUGUGGUUCUCAGAGGAAGGCAGCAGCGGAACCACCACCUCGGCAUUGUUCACGAGAGGCGGCGCAAGUUCAUACGCGGACUUGGAACCGUCUUCAAAGUCGGCAUCCACGGAGAGGGAGCUAUUUUUCAUCUUCAGCACCACCUUGGUCACGAUCUUGAUGAGGAUAUACUUUACCUUGACGAUGUUGAGCUUUGCCAAAGUCUUGUUGAAGCAGAACUCGUUGGAGUCGCGAUACAAAACCGAAAUCAACUUGGAUGGCGAAAAUGGAAGCGACCAGCUUCUCGAAGACGCCGCCGAAAUAGAAAUUUCAAACUCAUCGGGUCUAUCUGGAGAAGUCAAGAAGUUGCUUUACGACUUGGAAAUGAGGUCAAAGGACUUCCUCGAUGAAAUGUUGAACUGA